AUGCUGAAAACUAUCGUUUCUUUUUUAUGCAUAGUUACCUUAUCCUCAGAAUUCUCAACUCAAUGCAUUUUGAAUCAAUCUGGAAAAGAUCGGUGUCUUUCGAGUAUUUGUUUUUCUCAUUUUCAUAAAACUUCUGAAGGAGACGUCGAACGAUUCGAUUGUGAUGAAGAACCAUUCAAAAUAAAUAAAUCUUCUUGUUUGGAGCUUCUGAAGAAACAUGAAACAUCUUCGAUUUGUAUUGGAGAAGGAAAUGAAACUCAUUGUUGUUGUAUCUCUUCGAAUCCGGCUCAAAUUUGUGCAUCCGAAAAAAGGAAUACUGCAGAAUUGACCCAAUUAUGGACGGUAAAACAAGUAUUAUACCUGAUAUUUGGACAUAUUGGACUAGCUGGAAUUGCCCUUUUACUCGUGUAUUUCUAUAUGAAGACUGUGGAAAUGUGGCCAAUUGACAAUAUUGUGAUACCGGAAGAGAGCCGAAUUACUACUAUUUUAUUGGCAAAAUCAUUAUUUCUCGUUCUUUCACUAAUGGUAAUCUACUUUCCAUUCCGAAAGGUUUGUAUGAAUCAUCCGAAAGGAGUCUACACUACUCCAAGAUACUUUCUGUAUCAGAUAUUCGAAGCUGGAAUCGGUCCGUCUCUCUACUUUUCUUUUCCUUUGGUUUUCUUCCUUUUUGAUUUUUCUCUUUACAUUCAUGUUAAAUCUGUGAAAUUCAUCAAUAAAUCAGGUGCACUUGCGUUGUCAAUUUUCAAAUUAGUCACAGUUCCUCUAUUCGUUUACGAAUGUUUCUUGGCGACUUUCGAUUUAUGGCAAAGAGAUCACGAGCCGGGAUACUGUAGAUUUAAUGAAGCAAUUUGGCAGUUUAUGCUAUCACACUUCUUUAUUUUCGGAUAUCAUAUUCUAAUUAUCAUCCAAACUGUUCUUGUGACUCGAAUGAAAAUCGAUAUUGAAUUCUUCCAACGAAGCAGUCGAGAGACUCAAAGCCACGUAGCAACAGUUUUGAGUUCUCAAACUGGAGAGACACGAAUCGAAAGUGAAUUCAGUGAAAUGGUUUAUAUUCAUCCGAGAAUUGAAGUGGAACAAUGCACGAGAGCAGAUUCUCCCACUGCGAACCACAAUAUUCUUAUUGAAUGGUUCUCACUCGGUUCGAGUCCACCGUGCACUGAUCUUCAACGCCUUUGGAGUAAACCGUACCUGGUUCCCCAAUCUCAUUGGCAAUAUUUUGUUCUUCCGGUUUUUGUUGAUGAUCUUACGAUCACUAAUAGUUCGACUGUUAUGUCUAAUUUGGAGUAA